AUGAGCUCACAGUACCAACGCCAGCCAAAGGGAAAGGUCUGGCCCAUCGAACCAAAGGCACCGUCUCUAGUCUCGCUUUCGGUGCGAGAUCAAAACGUCCAACGUCCCCGCAAACGGUCCUCUUCGCUCAAAGUCGUUGCAUUAGGACUCAAAAAGGGCCUCUCAUCGCAGCACCUGCUCAAUAGUUCAGCGCAGGAAAGUCUCAAAGCACUUCGAAAGGGCAAACAUAGCUCUUGUUCUUCAUUGCAUGUAAAGAAGAACAGAUCAAGAGGUCUUGCCACUCAUGUUUCGAUAGCCGAGGUCGAGCACGACGAAGUCCUAGACUACUUAAGCAUCGAUAUCAAAUCAUCUAGUAUUACGCAUACAGGGCCUUUGGGACAAGUUGGGGAUGUCUCAUCACACAAUUUGAGUGAAAGACCACAAAAAAGGAGUCCUUCCGGCGAUCUUACUGACGAUACAUCCCAUACUGCUCUUCAAACGCGAAAGCAUUCGGCUCGCCAACUGAUCUCAAAGGUUGUUGGCACCAUGCACAAGAGAAAGCAGAGUGCGGAACUUUUUCAUGAAGAUACCAAGCGCGUAGAGGCAUGGAUUGAGAAGAUCAAUGCUGGUGUACCGCCAAUUGAUGCAAGGCAUACAAAUGGAUCCAUUGAGCCAUAUUUUCACCCUGGUAACAGCGGUGAGCGUGUAACGCUCAUAAAUGAACAGCUACUCAAUCAUCUGGAUGAACUCCCUGAUGAAAUCUUGUUUCCGGAACCAGUGCUGGCAGCAAGCACGCAACAAGUACCAAAUGUGCAUCCACAAAAUAGACAGAGAAGCGUCUCAUGGCCGGCCUCAGGAUCGAUGUAUGGCCAUGAACCAUGGCCGCUCUCGCUCCGGCUUCCAGUACGACUACGUGUUACUGCAAAAGCUGAGUUAGAUGAAGCAACUUCGACUUCGAAUGAAAGACUUUGGGCUGUCGUUCAAAUCCACGUAGAGCUCCCGAAAUUUUCUUCAGGCACAUCUCAUGAUAACAAUGCAAUCGCAGUUGCCAUCGUUUUGGAUAACUCGCGCCUAGCAACUCGAAAAGACGUCAAGAAAAUGUGUCUCGAGAUUAUGUCUCUUGCUGCCUCGUUGAAAGAAGGGGUCGAUCACCUGGGUGUGUACUGCACGUCAGCAUCAAAUAUAACAGAAAUUUGCGCUAUUUCUGUAGCUGUGCCAUUGAGCAUCCCAGUACUUCGAUCGAAGCUUGACGAGGUCUCGCAACGGUCAAGAGACAGCUUCCGCGUCCAGGAUGCAUAUAUACAAGCAGUUCAGGAUCUUCGCGCAAUACGAUCACACGAUGAGCAGAUGGUGCCUCUAAUAGCAGAAGACAUCGUUAUAAUCUCCUCAAGCUGUCUCGGCAUAGCCGAGUGUUUUCAGCAACGAUUGGAAGGUUUUCGCGUACACAUGGUCAAUCCUAGCCUAAUUCCAUAUUCGGAUAAGGUUCGAAAACAGCUUGUCACCACGAGGGCAACGCAGUUGAAACAUGUGCGAGAUUCUACCUAUUCACAUGAUAAUCUUGAGCAAGAGGACAACACUGUUAGCGGCUGGCUGAUCGACUCCACAUGUUGCCUGGCCAGCGACUGUAGCAGCCACCGUUCGCACUCACUAUCAGACGCCAUACUGUAUUCGAAAUCUCAAGCAAAUGCUGGCAGCGUAAGCAACCUGUCUAUCACCAUCAAUGAGAGUGAUGGUGCCAAAAUUCAAGAGAUAAACGGUAGUUUGUCGUAUCAAACCCUUUUGCCCGGUCAAAUGGUGUCGAUACCUAUCCGAGUUCAAAUCAAUCCGCUCGAUCCGAGGUUCUCCAUUGGAUCCAAUUCUGAGUUUGGGAGCUCACGUCAUCAUUCCAUAGUAGACGCCAUGUCAGAGCUAGAAUUGACCCUUGGAAACCAUCUCAGCGAGCUUUUCGAAGUACACAUCACCUAUAACCAUAGUUUCUUCCCCAAAAGCACUCGGCUUGAAGUACGCGAAAGCUGCUGGUUGUCGCGGAAUCUUCCCUCAACGACGAAUGAGGAGCUUGACUUACAGGUACGCAAAGAUUUGUCUCUGUUGAAACGUAACCCACGCGUCCAGAAGCAACUUGCACUGUGCAAAGCGGCAGCUAAGCCGCCUGCGGAGGCAUUACUUGAUCUGGAGAAGGUUGAAUCUGAGACGCUGUCUGAGGGUGUAAAAGGCUUUGUAGAUGCUCUAAAGCGGCGGCUCAGGCAUCGCAUUGCACUCCUCGGAGAUCCAACCUUCAUUGAUUAUCUCCUGUCUUCGGAUUAUCUUGAAAAAAGCCGACGGACAUACAAUGAAAACAUUACUGUCGAGGAGUAUUUGAAGGAGGUUCCGAAUCCCCUCUACACCGAGGACGAAAAAAGCCUAGACACAUCCACUGUUUUCGUAUGGAAUCAUCCGCGAUACAGCAGAUCGUCGGCAGAGGCAGAUGAGGGAGAGGCAAGAAAAAUCUGGCAGCAGAUUCGACGCUCCUCGAAAUGGAACAAACCUUCGAGAAUGCCAAACGAAAAAGCUGGAGAAAAUGGUGACAAGCACGUGGACACUUACGACCCGCAGAUUGAGGGGAUCCUUGAGACGGCAUUAAGGCAUGGGCGGAAGAUCAGCACCGCUACACUUAGGAGCAUCAUAAGGGAUUUGCGACGAAGCUCGAGUCUGACAGACGACGGUGUGUCUUUUGAGGACUUUGAGUAGUACUUUUAUCAAACGUUUAGUUUUCUGCAUUAUGGCUUAGCGAGGAUAAAAAGGUAGCGAUAAUUUUAGUAUGAUCCCUAUUG